AUGUACCAGAUCGAAGGGCAAGUGCUCCUCCGGCGCGAUGCCCACAGUGCCCGACAGCUGCGGGACUUCCACAUAGUGGCCUUCGACGACGGCGUGGGCCACCUGCGCUUCUUCCCCUCGGCCGAUGCCGAGCCUGUGGGUGCCGCGCGCGAGGAGGCCGGGGCCGACAGCAGCGCCGGAUCCCCGGGCGAGGAAGUCCCCGGUCCCCCGGUCAAGCGCGUGUUCUUCAUUUUGAGCCACUGGGACCGGCCGGACCAACUCCGCCGGUGGAUGCACUCGAUCCGGCGGGUUCGCGCCUCCGACCCGCAAGUGGGCAUCUGUCUGGCCAACUUCCUGGCCCCCUCGACGAAUCCCAGGCGCAACAAGGUGGUUCUCGGCGCGUCCACCUUGGCCACCAUCACUCAUGCAGAUUUGGUUGAGUGGACCGGCGUCGAGGAUGCGCUGCUUGUGGAGUUCGGCCCGGAGUUGCCCUUCAGCAAGACACGCGCUUUCAAUGCCUGCUUCCAGGCACUGGCCGCCGGUGUGCGGCCCCGCGCGGAUGACAUCCUCUUUUUCACGGACGUCGAUAUCCAACUGCCCGCGGGGAUUGGGCAUGAGUUACGGCGCUUCGUGCGGACCGGCUGGCAAGCCUUCGCCCCGGUGGUGCGCUACGAGCACUGUGAGUGGGUGUAUGGCAGUGGCCCGCCACCCGGAUACCUGGGCGAGGGCGACGACCAGCCGAUCGCCGAGCGCAUCGCCGGGCGGCCGCUGGCCACCGAUGAGGUUCAUGAUGGGGCCAUUUUCAGCAGCGCCCCGCGUCGACACCGGGCCCGACGCAGUGACUACUUCGACCCGCCGGCCAAUGUGUCGCCGGGUUCGGAGGAGUACGAGGAAAUGGUCGAGCUGCCCGACGGUCCGGGGCCCUGGGCCACGGGGCCCGACGCGCCGGAUUCCGCCAGCGAGGAUGCCGAUGGGGCCAAUGGGGAUCCGGCGUCGGGGCCCGGGCAAAUGGCGGUCUCCCCCGAGGAGAGGCUCACUGCGGGCGACCGGGCGGAGGACUUGCGCACGGCCGAUUGGGCAGCCGAUGAUCGGUGCUGGGGCGAUGGGGGGUAUGGCUUGGUGGCCAUGGCGGCCGCGGACUUCUAUCGACUGGCUGCCGGGAAUGGCUUCACCGCCUCCGGCGGCCCGGGCGGCCGGCAAGGCACCAAUGUCGAUCCGGCCGAGGCGUCACACAUUUGGGAUGCAGCCGUCGACCAGCUUGCCGAGGAAUUGGAGGAGCACAUCUGCCUGCGCAUUGCCGGAGCCAUCACCAAGGUCCGGGAGCCGGCCCUGCCCUCGAUCCCUCCAGGGCUGCUGGUUCGCGCUACCGGCGGCCAGGCGGUUGCAUGUCCGGCGGCGGUGGCCGGCCGGCAGGCCACCCACCGGCGAGGUGACAUGACGGGAGGCGGCUAUCGUGUUGGAGCUCUACACUGGGAUGUCCCCCGCCGCGGGGCCCAGGCCGAGGCUGGCUCGAAGCCCAGGGCAGGCGGCGAGCACACACCGGAGGACCUGCCCGCCGGCGCGGGCGGCACGCCGGUGGCUGAGGACGACGAGCCCGAACAGGCCCCGGCCCCGGCGGGCGCCUUCGCCGGGUUACAGCGCACCACCGCCGGGCCCUAUCGGGUGGAUCUGUUUGAUCGGCGCGCCGGCUUCGAGGACACCGAUACCCUGCUGCGCGCUAAGCGUCUGCCGGUGUGCAUCACCCGACGCAGGCAUCCCCAGCUGCUGCACAGCUGGCACCCGCCCUCGCGGUGGAACUUCGUCCGCAACAAGCCCGGCCUCGGGGCCGGAGCCGGGGGGGCUGAAGCCUUCCACAGCGCGACCAACGUGUGCUGA